CUAAUGAGUAUCCAGUGAUUACUGCUGCUGAAAUUAAAAUGUCUGGCAAUGACUUAACUAAAACUUUGCAUUCUUUGGGAAUUAAACUUUCAGAUGAUGUGCCAACAGAUCACCAACUGUAUAAAGCAAAUGAAAUUUCAGUGCUAUUAGGAAAUGAUGUUUACUGGAAAAUUGUUACUGGGAAAAUCGAACGAAUUAAUGAAGCAUUAGAUGCUGUAGAGACUAGAUUAGGAUGGUGUAUUCAAAGUUCCGUUAUGAGUUUUGAUUUACGAUCAAUGACUGUUAGUUCAAAUUUAUGUUUAGAUGAAGAGCUAUCUAAUAAUAUUAAAUCUUUCUGGGAAAUAGAAUCGUUAGGAAUAGCACUGGUCUUAGAUGAAAAAGAAGAUAUAAAAGCACUUUCUUUAUUUGAACAAUCUAUUCGCAAAAGAGAUGGCCGUUAUGAAGAAGAAAUAAUAGAAAAAUCAGAAAAUAAUACCUUUAACUCAAAGAAAACUUAUUAUGUUCCUCAUCGGGCUGUAAUUAGAGAAGAUCAUUCCACAACAAAACUGUGUGUAGUCUAUGAUGCUUCAACUAGAGAAAAAGGUCAUCAUUCUUUGAAUGAUUGUUUAUUGCCAGGACCUAACUUAGUUCCUGAUUUACUGAUAGUUUUAUUGAAUUUUCGUAAAGGUGAAAUUGCUGCAAUUGCCGACAUUCAAAAGGCUUUUUUACAAAUUUCAAUUGCACCAGAAGAUCGUGAUGCCUUAAGAUUUUUAUGGAUUUCAGAAGACGCUAAGUUUCCCAAUACAAAAUUUGAAAUUUACAGAAUGACUCGUGUGAUGUUUGGAGCAACAUCAAGCCCCUUUUUACUAGCAGCAACUAUGCGUCAUCACUUGAAGAAAUUUCAAAACAUCUAUCCCAUGACAACUAAGCUGUUAAAUUCUUGUAUGUAUGUUGAUGAUCUUGUGUAUUCAACGAAUUCUGUAGAGGAAGCAUCGCAAGUACAGGAAGAAGCAACCCUAAUAUUUAAGCAGGCCUCCAUGAACCUCGUGAAGUGGAAAUCCAACUCAAGAAUUUUGAACAACAAAAUAUAUGGCUCAGAAGUUCAAGCUGAUGGAAGCGAAGAAGUUCUUGAAGAAGUAAAAGUUCUUGGAUUGUAG